AGAUCCGAUUCUGUCUAUUUGUAAUCCAAAGACAGAAUUUGUAAUCCAUGACAUCGAAUUUUAUGAAAUUCAGCAGUCAAAUUAUCGGCAAAUUCACCCGUGUAACUAGCUUACCAGCUCAUCACACUGAUUUGGUUCAAAGGGUUUCGAUUUUAAAAGACGAGCUUUUAACGAUUGGUAAUAGUAAGGAAAAGUUCCAAAACGUUUUGGAUCAAAAAGGGCAAUGGUUGUUUAAAACUUAUCGUGAUGGUGCUGGGAUCUUGGAGCUUAUGGAUCAACUCUUUCCUCGUCAUUACUUAGCUCUUCAGGUUUUAGAGUGGAGGAGAGGGCAGAAGGAUUACUGUAUCCCAUUGACAUCGGAGGAGUAUGCGAAAGGAAUCAAAAUUGCGGGUCGAGCUAGGGAUAUUAACCUUGCAGUCUAUCUUUUCGAUGAGGCGGCUAAGAAACGAAGUCAGACUGCUUCAGUUUACAAUGCUUUGAUGAGUGUUUACAUGUGGAACGGGCUUGCUGAUGAAUGUCAGUCGCUUUUUAAAGAUUUCAGGAGGCAAACGCAUUGUGCUCCGACCGUUGUGACCUAUAAUAUUCUAGUAUCUGUUUAUGGUAGACUUCUGAUGGUAAAGAAUAUGGAAGCAGCUUUCGAAGAAUUACAAAAACUGAAGCUUUCUCCCACUUCUGUCACUUACAACUUUCUAAUUGCUGGCUACAUGACGGCCUGGAAUUGGGAUAAAAUGGAAGCUACUUUUCAAGAAAUGAAGAGGGGUCCAGUUGAGCCUGAUACAGAUACUUAUCAGCUAAUGCUUCGUGGGUAUGCAAAUUCUGGGAAUUUGAAUAAGAUGGAAGAAAUGUAUGAAGUGAUUAAAGAUCAGGUUGGGGUGAACAGUGGUCCUUUGGUCAGAGCCAUGAUCUGUGCAUAUUCUAAGAAAGCUGUUGAUGAUAGAGUCCAAAAGGUUGAAAAUUUAUUGAGUCUUCUCUCUGGGGAGGAAUAUCUUCCUUGGUUGAAUGUGCUUUUGAUUCGAUUAUACGCUCAAGAAGGCAUUGUGGAAGCAAUGGAGGGUAAAAUCAACGAGGCAUUUGAGCAUAAGACAUGUGUUAAUAAGUCAAGUAUUAUGCGGGCAAUUAUUGCAGCCUACUUCAGGUGUAAUGAAGUUGACAAUCUUGCUAAUUUCAUCAAGCGUGCUGAGUCUGCUGGGUGGAAACUGUGCAGAUCUCUCUACCACUGUAAGAUCAUGAUGUAUGGAUCCCAAAAACGCUUUGGAGAAAUGGAAGGUGUUGUAAAUGAGAUGGCAGAGACUAACUAUGGGCUUGUAACUAAAACGUUCGCCAUUAUGUAUAAGGCUUAUAAAUAUCAUGGAAUGGAGUCAGAUGCUGAGAAAGUGAAGGGAAAGAUGCUGAAACGUGGGCUUUAGAUGAACUUCAAUUUGCGCAAAGAAUUCUGUUGUUUUGAUUUGUUCAGUGUCUUUAUCAGGUGUGCGCGCUACCAAACAGAGUAUCAAAUGGUUAGUGCUGUUUCUGCCUUUGCAUGUCUCCUGUUUAUAGUGACUUACCAGGGGGUUGUGCUUAGCAUUUGGUCUCUUUUUUUAUCAAUCAGGUUGUAGAACUGUGCUCCAUGAGGCUGAAUAAAAGAUGCUGGCUAGG